AUCGUCUGGGUGUGUGUGCAACCCUUCCUCGAUCGACUUUAUAUCUCACCUGGAUAUGGAUGCCUAAAAAUCGCCGCAGCUGUGUGAAUAUACUGGAGAAUGAUUUUGAUUAGAUAAUAGAGGAUGUCAUGGGAAAAAAGCAUGGCGAGCGGAUCGGAGCAGGAGGAGUUUGGCGUGAGCGUGGAAGAACUGCGCGACCUGAUGGAGAGUCGGGGGUACGAGGCCUGUCAACGGAUACAGGACGAACACUCGGGAGUGCACAACCUCUGCAGGAAGCUGCACACCUCCCCCACAGACGGUCUGAGUGGAUCUGCCACAGACAUGGCCCGUCGGCGGGAGGUGUUCGGUGCCAAUAUGAUCCCCCCAAAACCCCCCAAAACAUUCCUACAGUUGGUGUGGGAGGCACUGCAAGACGUGACGCUAAUCAUCCUUCAAGUGGCGGCGCUUGUCUCCCUGGGGCUCGCCUUCUACGAAUCACCGCAAGAAGAAAACGCCGCAGGCCACGAUGAAGGAGAGAGCGAAGCCAGUUGGAUUGAGGGCGUGGCCAUCUUGGUUUCCGUAGUGAUUGUGGUUCUGGUAACAGCCUUCAACGACUAUACCAAAGAGCGCCAGUUCCGCGGCCUGCAAAACCGGAUCGAGCACGAGCACAAAUUCUCUGUGAUACGGGGCGGAGAGGUCCUGCAAAUAUCAGUCAGCGACAUUGUUGUCGGAGACAUCUGCCAGGUCAAAUAUGGGGACCUCCUACCAGCGGAUGGUAUAGUCAUACAAAGCAACGAUCUAAAAGUAGACGAGAGUUCUUUAACAGGUGAAUCGGAUCACGUGAAAAAGGGAGAGGAUUUUGACCCUAUGAUGCUCUCAGGGACUCAUGUUAUGGAAGGAAGUGGAAAAAUGGUGGUUGCUGCAGUGGGUCCCAACUCCCAAGCUGGUAUUAUUUUUACAUUAUUAGGAGCUGCAAAGUCUGAAGAGCACAGUGGUCAAAAAGCUAACCCUAAAGCAAGUGGAGGUGAAGCAAACAUUCCAAACGACACAGCCCCCCACGAAGCAGAAAGGGAAGUGCCCAAAAAAAGUGAAGACAACAAUCCUCAUAAAGAAAAAUCUGUACUUCAAGCCAAGCUAACAAAACUAGCCAUUCAAAUUGGAUAUGCAGGUUCAACGAUCGCAGCGUUCACAGUGAUCAUCCUAAUAAUCCGAUUUCUCAUCUCAACCUUCGUGGUCCAUCAGGACACCUGGAAGGCCCAGCACACUCAGAUGCUGGUGAAGUUCCUCAUCAUCGGCGUCACAGUGUUGGUAGUCGCUGUGCCAGAGGGACUGCCCCUCGCCGUCACACUCGCCCUCGCCUACUCCGUCAAGAAAAUGAUGAAAGAUAACAACCUGGUGCGGCAUCUUGACGCCUGUGAAACGAUGGGCAACGCUACUGCCAUUUGUUCCGACAAGACAGGAACGCUCACUACUAACAGAAUGACUGUUGUGAGAAGCUAUAUAUGCAAUGUACUGUACAAGAACACCCCCAAAUAUUCCAGUCUCCCAUCCGAAGUGGCUUCUUUAAUUGUAGACGCUAUAUCAAUCAACAGCGCCUUCACAUCACGUGUUAUGCCUCCCGACAAUCCAGGGGAACUUCCGAAGCAAGUGGGCAACAAAACAGAGUGUGCGUUGCUCGGCUUCGUCCUCGAUCUUGGCAAAGAUUACCAAGCCGUGCGGGACAAAAUGCCCGAAGAAAAGUUGCACAAGGUCUACACAUUCAACUCCGUCAGAAAAUCAAUGAGCACUGUGAUACGGCUCCCAAACGGGGGCUUUAGGAUAUUCACUAAAGGGGCCUCGGAAAUCAUUCUCCAAAAAUGUGCAUUCUCAUUCGGGUCCGGGGGUCAGCUGGAAAGGUUUACGCCUUCCGACGCCGAUCGAUUAGUAACUUCUGUCAUAGAACCCAUGGCCUGUGACGGUCUUCGCACGAUCGGCAUUGCGUACAAAGACUUCGUUUUCGGCGAAGAGGCACACAUAAACCAGGAGAGGUGCGAUGCCGAGCCCAACUGGGACGAUGAGCAAUUUAUCGUCCAGAACCUCACCGCCAUUUGUAUCGUCGGCAUUGAAGAUCCGGUCCGACCUGAGGUGCCUGAAGCCAUCAAACAGUGCCAGAAAGCCGGUAUUACAGUGCGGAUGGUAACAGGAGACAACAUCAACACUGCUCGUUCUAUCAGUAUAAAAUGCGGGAUUGUUCGACCUGGCGAUGAUUUCCUCGUUCUCGAGGGAAAAGAUUUCAAUGCUAGGAUACGAGACUCAAACGGGGAAGUUCAGCAAGCCCUGUUAGACAAAGUGUGGCCACGUCUACGAGUUUUAGCACGGAGUUCCCCGACUGACAAGUACAUCCUAGUAAAAGGCAUCAUUGACAGCAAAUUGCAUGCAAAUAGGGAAGUGGUUGCUGUCACCGGAGACGGAACAAACGAUGGGCCUGCCUUAAAAAAGGCAGAUGUUGGCUUUGCAAUGGGUAUUGCCGGUACUGAUGUGGCCAAAGAAGCUUCAGACAUCAUUCUCACGGACGACAACUUCACAAGUAUAGUAAAAGCCGUCAUGUGGGGUCGAAAUGUAUACGACAGCAUCGCCAAGUUCCUUCAGUUCCAGCUCACAGUCAAUGUGGUGGCAGUCAUUGUGGCCUUCGUAGGAGCCUGCGCCAUUGAAGACAGCCCGUUAAAGGCAGUCCAGAUGCUCUGGGUUAACUUAAUUAUGGAUACGCUAGCGUCCUUGGCAUUGGCGACCGAAAUGCCGACAGCCCAAUUGUUACAGAGGAAGCCAUACGGUCGAACUAAAGCGCUCAUUUCAAGAACUAUGAUGAAGAACAUCUUGGGACACGGCGUAUAUCAGCUAACAGUCAUCUUCACCCUUCUCUUCGCCGGGCACCACAUUUUUGACAUUGACUCGGGCAUGUACGCACCGUUGCAUUCUCCGCCUUCGCAGCACUUCACCAUCAUCUUCAACACCUUCGUCAUGAUGACCCUCUUCAACGAGAUUAACGCCCGAAAAAUCCACGGUGAGAGGAACAUCUUCGAGGGCCUUCUCACAAACCCCGUGUUCUACAGCAUACUCGUCAUCACUGCCGCUUCACAGGUGGUGAUCGUCCAGUUUGGGGGUCGCGCCUUUUCGACCGCCCCCCUCUCCCUGGAUCAAUGGCUGUGGUGCUUAUUCUUCGGGGCCGGGGUACUGGUGUGGGGCCAAUGCAUCACCAGUAUCCCCACCAAGAAGAUCCCCAAGACGUUCACGUGGGGUUCGGGCAACCCAGAAGACUUGGACGCUGGAGGGUCAUUGGUCGAGGACACCUCGCGUGGAUCCAUCUCUCAGGAAGUCAAAAGGACGGGCCAGAUUCUUUGGAUCCGGGGACUGACGCGCCUUCAGACACAGGUGAUUGGCGGGGAGCUUCAAGACAGAUUGAUACCAGUUCCCUACAGUAAAGCCGCUACUGACGAAGCGAUUCGCGUGGUGAGUGCUUUCCGCAGCGGAAUGGACUCCCGCAAGAACUCAACUGCGGACGCAAGUGGCGCCCUUGGGCGAUCAGCAAGCAAGAGGGCAAUGAUGCACCCGAACGCCACAGCGUCUACCAGUGGCGCCGACGUCAUCAAGGAUGCCAACACGAGUAACGACAAGAAAAACUCCGCUCACAACGAAACCCCCGUCUGAGAAAACCAUACAAAUAUCAUAAACAAAUACUCAGAAAGAUAACUCUCGUCUUCUAUCGAAACAACCCCCUUUUCAAUCUCUCUUUCCUUAUCUUUAUCUCUCUAUCUCUAUCUCUAUCUCUAAAAAGAAAAAAAAAGUCUUUGUUUCGCAACCCUUGUGCUUGGGGAAAAAGAGUAAAAUAGCAUUUGUUUUCGUUAAAUUCCUCUGACUGUCUCACGUGUGUAGUAUUAGAAGACAUUACUACCUAAGCGAUCAAGAAGAAGACGUUCUCAUCUGGUUAUACAUACGCAGUGUGUGUCUUUUUAUAAUAUCGUAGAAGACAGAACCGAAAUACAAAAGAACUGUAGAGAUUAUAUGUAUAUACAUACAUAUAAAUAUAUAAAUUAUUAUAUGAUUAACAACAGGGAAAGUGCUAGCUCCCAUAGACGAUAUAGAUCAUUGCUCUUAGUGGUUUUAGAUUGCGACUGCAUAUAUUGAUGCCGCGGCAGUUAAAUCACAUUGUACAUUUGUAAAGUGCUCAAAAUAUAUUAAAUUAAUUACAACAAGAAGUGACUUUUUGCAGAGUGAACUGUGACGCCAUCGCAGCCACCUGUUGACAUGCACUCCUAAUAUAUAGGGGCAGACUAAUCCUCAUGCAAAUCGUUUUCCUUCAUUAGAGUGCAGACGAUGCCACUCAAAGGAGCAUCGAGAUUUUGACAACGAGUUUCAAAUCAACCAUUCAGCAAAAAAAAAAUCAGAAAAGAAUAAAAGAAUAUUCAAACUCUAUGCCAAGUUCCUCUUCUGCUGGCUUUCAAGUUCUUCGGGCUCCGUGCGGUCAUCUACAACCGAGGAGACGAAGAAUGCGAUGGAGACGACGUUCGGGGAAGGAGGGAAAAUGGUGUCAACCCUCUUCUGAAAGUUCGUUCGAUCCAUCAUCGCUUUCAGGUUCAUCGUAUGCAAAAUACUGUUCAAUCAGUAUAUCCCAAACUGCGGAAAAAACUUGCUUUACGAAUGUUGCUAGAUAUAUCAAAAAAGAAAAAAAAUGCCGCUAUAAAUAAAUAGGUAAAUAGUAGUAUAUGGUGCUAGGUAGGCGUAUAUCACUUGUUUUGCCUGCUUUGAAGUCAAAUUAAGUAACUUUAUGAAAUGCCUGUUCUGAAUUUCAAAACGAUAUUUUUUAAUGCUACAAAUUGUAAAAAGUUUCACCCCUUUUACCGUGUUGACAUAAAUAAUUUUCAAUGAUUCGUGUUCCGUAACCUUUGAGCGAUUCACAUAGUCUCAUUUUUUUUAAUCGUUUGGGAAAUACUGCUGUAAAUAAUCUUGGUCAUUCUAAUCCCAGCGAACAGGUUGUUAACAAAUUAUAAAAAUUCUAUGGUCAGUUUGAUCUGUGUCUAGUGUUGUGAUUACUAGAAAAUCUAGAAAUUGGAGCCAGAGAAAUUUAUUCUAACCGUUCGUUCGGGUGAUUUAAGUCUAUAUUAGCAUUUGAACCUUUUUCAGUAAUUUCUGAAUUUCGGUUUAUAUACGGUCGGUAAUUUCGCGUCCAACGAAACUGAUCGAGGCCUCCGAAAUGCUAAAGGCCAACCAAGCUAAGGUUGACGUUAUAAUCGAUGUCCACUUUUUAAGGGUAUUGCAAGGACAAAAUUGUGCGCGAGACAAGGACAAGCCGAACAAUGAAAUAAGCAUGGACGUCGAUUAUUACGUUGAUGUGAAUUUGAUUGGCCUUGUUGUCUCCGGAGAUCUCGAACCAAUACUCAUUCGUGGGUUUCAUCUAGUUCGAGAUUUCGCUAAAACAAAUACGCAGUAGAACAGUGGUUCCCGAGUAUUAGAAGACUGUUGCAGCGUAUGAACGUUUUCCUUUUAUGAUUUGAACGAAAUCAUUUUGAUGUUUUGCACUUGAAAUCAUUUUCUUUGGAGAACCAUAGUGCCUGAAUACUUUUAAGUCAGUUCAUGUAAUCACCUAUUGAUAACUAUUUAGUAUCCUGCAAUGUGUGUUGCAGAAUUCUUGGCGUGUCAUACCUAUUAUUUUUAAAUUUGGAAACUAAUUCUUAUGUAAUUCAAAAGUAUUUGUCUCAGUGUAUUGUCCUUUUACUUGUUCGAAGCAUUGUGGAGCGUUAUGACUCUAACUUUGUUAUUAACAAUCACGGAUUGAAUCCCGGAUCUCUCUAAUUAGGUUCAGUUGUCCAAUUAAUUGUCAUCCAAAUUUUGAAACCAGGUUAUGAAAUUUGUAGUUUUUGUGUAAAUUUAGGAAUGAAGGAUUUCGCAUGGUUUAUACUAUUUUCAAUUUUAUUGCUUGCUGAAAGAAAAAAUAGCACUUUAUUUCUAUUUUCCUGAAAACAAAAAUUUAAAUAAAAGCAAGUUCUUAAAAUCAUUUAGACCAAUAUUGUAUUUUUUGACAUUUUUUGGAAGAUCAUCAUUUUGUAAACACAGUUUAUUGAUUCCGAAUCAAGGACAAUCUUG